AAACAUUCGUCCCUACAUCAUGCUUUGUAGGAUCAUAUUCUGCAUUGCAAUUUCUUUGGCAGUACUUUCAGUAAUUCUAUUAUCAUUCCUUUCCCCAAAGCCUCACAAAAGUCUGUCGAAGGACCCCAAUAAGCCGUGGUUAGCACUAUCACUGUACAUUCAGCAACCUCAAAGUUCAAGCUCUAGCGUGCAACCAACAGCAAGAUCAGAUGCCGAAGCUUAUAUUUUCCAUCACACACUAACCGAAGGGCCUGAGAAUACUUCUAGAGUCCUUGGAAAGGCUCAAGGGUUCAUAAUACCAGCUGAGCAUUUUGCACAUUCUGCUUUCAAUAUUAUCUAUCUUACAUUUGAUACGUCUCAGUAUUCAGGCAGCUUGAGUGUGCAGGCCAAGCAUAUAUCACAUAAAGAUAGAGAAGAACUUACCGUUGUUGGUGGAACUGGGUCGUUUGCAUUUGCGCGUGGCCUUGCUGUUUUUGCACAGACGGAUGAACUAUCAAUUGGUAUUGAUGCAACUUACCAUUUAAAGCUUCAGCUUAAUUAUCCAAGAGCACAUAGAUGAGAUGAUAAGGUCUUUUCUAGCUUAUCAAAGGUUUCAAAUUCAAAUUUUGAGUAUACAGCUGCGUUCAAAUUCUUGAGAGAGUGCUUUGCCACCCAUGAAGAUCCUAUCCGGCACUUUCUAAAUUAAUUCUAGAUAUAUGUAUACAAAAAAAAAUCUCAAUUCAAUUUUAAUGAAUAUGUAAUUUUUUAUAUUAAAUAAUUAAUACAAUCUAAGAUAAAGAUAAUACACA